AUAGGAUCUCAUCCGGUCAGCUCAAAUGUAGACCAUCCUCCUUCCCUCCCAACCAACCAUGUCCACUCACUUCCAUGGCCUCACCUGUAAUUCCUCCACCUCCGCCAUCACUCCGUCUCCUUCCCCACAACUACCACCAUCUUCCUCCACUCAUCUCCGCCACUCCCACCAUCACCCGCCGCUCACUUCUCCUAUCCACUUCAAUCUCCUCUCUUUCUCCCCUUCCAACACCCCUUGACACCACCAUAACCGACCGUGUCUUCAUGGACUUUUCCCUCUGUCCCAGCUAUUUCCGCCCCGACCGCACCCUCUCCGACACCCUUUCCACCCUCUGCACAGAAACCGUCCCUCUCGGACGCGUCGUCCUCGGCCUGUACGGUCGCCUGGUCCCUCUCACUGUGUCCAACUUCAAGACCAUGUGCACCACCUCCUCCUACAAGAACACUCUGGUGCACAAAAUAUUUCCGGGUCAGUUUUUCCUGGCGGGGCGCCAGGGAAGGAGGGAUAAAGGAGAGGUGAGGCCUCCACCAGAGCUGGUGAGAAACACAGAGACUGUUGAUUCUAAGGCGUUCAAGCUGACGCAUUCAAGGCCUGGAAUUGUUUCGUUGUGUUUAUCUGAGAAUGACGAUGAAGAUGAUAUUAAGCUGGAUCCAAAUUACAGGAACGUGGAGUUCUUGAUCACUACAGGGCCUGCUCCUUGUCCACAGUUGGAUAACAAGAACAUUGUUUUUGGAGCUGUGCUUGAAGGAUUGGAUGUAGUGACUGCCAUAGCUUCAAUCCCAACAUACAAACCAUCAGAAAGAAUUAGGCAAUUCAAUGAUUUGGCUGAGUUUCUUGGAGAUGAAAGAGCCCAAAACGCCCGUGCAAUUUGGAACAGGCCUCUUAAGACUGUCUAUAUCAGUGAUUGUGGAGAGCUUAAAGUCACAAACCCUUCUCUUUCUCCUACCUUACCUUAGUUUAUUUCCAUUAUUCUUUAUUCACCUCUCUUAACUGAGAUUACCUCCAUAUUCUUUUAACUCUCUUUUUCUUCUUUAAA